UAUCCGGAACGCCCUAUCUUUGCAUGUUCCACUUCGGACUGUUUUCUUGGUGGAACUCUUUAGAGGGCGCUUGUUAUGAAAGUCCAGUUCAGCGCAUUUAAAAGUAAUCACAUCUGUCUGCUUUAAUGGACUUUACGAAAUUUUGUAUGUGUUUCUCAGAAGACCAGGCCAAUUAUAUUGAUUCAUCAGACUCACAAAACACGCUUUCCCGUUUCAAUGGCAGUUAGACGGGCUCUGCUGGACUGUGCUGUGUUAAGUGUUCAAGAAGGAAGUGUUGUUUAUCCAUUCUGCAACAACUGCUACUCAAGGAUAGACGUACAACUACAGGACUACAAAAUAUGUGCAUGCUCCAAGUGUGGCUAUAAUUGUCCAAAAGCCCAGGUGGGCUACAGAUACCGUCUCUCUUUGAAAGUCGCUAGGCAGACGUCUAUAUUUGGGGUUACUGUGUUUGGAACAUGUCUGGACCCAUUAUUUGGUAUUCACGCCAGCGGCCUGCAAAGGUUGAUGGAAGAAGAACCGGUUGAAGCAGCAACUAGAGCAACGCUACUUAAGCAGGCGGUCGAGGACUGCUUCAUUGGCAGACAUUUAACUUUUGGGAUAAAGGUAAAAGACACAGAUCGUGGCCCAUGGUUCGAUGGCUCCAGUGGUGUGACAGUGGGGACAACUGCGGGCCCUGCCCAGUUCAUUGCCACCCAGAUCCACCUAACUCCGGCGGGUGGGGGGGAAGGGUGCUCCGUGCUGCGCUACUACCAUGCCCUGCAGCAGAGGGCCGGGGCCCUGCAGCCGAGGGCCGGGACCCUGCAGCCGAGGGCCGGGGCCCUGCGCUCCCCUGGCUCUAGUGAGGCCUUCAAACCGGCCGCUCCUCUUGUGCUACCUCUUAAGUCUCCUGGCAGGGCAGGCUUGAGCACCCCGCCACACUCCCCUCUCCUCUCCUGCUCCCUGUCCAGCCCCGACUCUCCUUGGCAACGGUCGAUAGGGGUGGUUACCUCCUCAGCGGAACAGGACACUCAGCAGGAUGAAGGCAAUGAGCACGACGGCAGACCGCUACACCACCACCACCGACGAGCCAAUGAGAGGCCGGCAGAGUCCCAGAGAGCACCAGCCACCGCUCUUCACUCAAGCAAUAAGAGUCGCUUUAGUAUCAACCAUUCCUUCAAAUGCACCCUGUGGUCACCGUCCGCUGCAGAGGUUCCUAGCAUCGCCCCCAUCCCGCCCACCUGUCCAAGACCCCUCCCCUACCGCGGCUCCCCGCCAGAGAACCAGCCAGUUGAUGUGCUUGAAUGUGAUCCCCAGGCCUGGGAGGAUGAUAUGGCCUACUCAGAGAGCCUGGAGGCGUUCAUUGUGUGUCAGGAAAACUGGUCUGAAAGCAGAACUGCCAGUACUGAUCGUGACAGAAAUAGUUACGGUUCCGCCCGCCAUUCCAGCAGGAUGACGCUCGCUGAUGUCAGCAAAACGUGCGCUCCAAGCUGUGCAUGUGACGCCAUGCACAAGUCAGCCAGGCUAGUGAACAAGGUGGUGGGCACGAAAGGAACUCCGAUGUGUGGUGGAUGUUCUCCUCCUGUGAGUUUUGACCCAAUGGGAUGCCAGGGAUUAUGUGUGGAUGGCCCGGCACAAGCGUGUGAUGGAGACAUUACUGAUGAUAUAUACAACUGCUCUGCAGAUCUGUUCAGUGACCCCAUGGCCUUGGUCACCUUGGCAACGGAGAUGCUCGGCCAGAAAGUGGGAGGACCUGCCAACGGACAAAUUAUCAUUACGCACUCUGACUCCCAGACACUCAACACAGACGAAAACACGUCUAGUUUCGAUAGCCCUGAAAAUACCGCUCGAUCUGACCUAAAUCUGGAGUCCAAGACGCUGCCGGCGCACGAUUAUUUAUUCAGAUCCAAUAAACACGGAGUAGGUUGCAGCAGGUAUCGGGCCAGCGACUCCAACCAAUUUCCACCACUACGGAAUCAAACCACAUUAGGUAGCAUCAUCCAUGGAAGCGAACCUGUUCCGCUGGACUUCAUCCCCCCCUCGCAGUCCACGCCCUUAAGGAUCCAUGUUCAUACAGGGUUUGGAUCUGCUGCUGUACACCAGACCAGUGCAGGGUCUAGACGGCUGGGCUGCUUAAAGCCAGACAGGCAGCCCCCUUUCCUCCCUCGCAUUAUCAUUACCACACCUCCACCAACUGGGUGUAGCGUAUCAAACCGCUUCACCGCCAGCCACAGCAGAACCCAGCCAUUUCUGGGGCUGCACCCUGUUACCAGUAAGACGCCCACGAAAAGGAACCACAACCUCAACCUGAUAUCACGCAGAAGGUUGAGGAAUCUGAACAGAGCUAACCACAAUCUGACUAGCAGGCAGAUCCUGAAUCUUGAAUGCCAUGCAGCUUUGGGUCUAAAGUGUUUCAAAGACGUGUCCAUCUCGGUUUUGUGCGUCGACAAUGAUGAUGACAUGGUUGUGACUCCCUUAAUUGGUGAAAUGUCCUUUCCUGUGAGUGCCGGACAGGGAGAGAAUGCUGACGGCUGUAUCAGAGAGACUCCAUCAUUGGAGAUAUCUGGAACACAGACGAACGCUGUGGAGUCUCAGACCUGGGGGAGGUCAGCUGAAGGUAUGAGGAAGGAUGGAAGCUUAUGUCACUUUCUUUUUAAUGAGGACCAGGAGUUUGAUUUGUCCGGAGAUUUGUUUGCGGACUCAUUCCAUUAGGAAGACAUUUAUGAACAGAUAUGUGGUGGAAAGAUUUGUUGCUUACUUGCUUGUCACCAAUUAUUAUUCUUAUUAGCAUUUAAUGAAAUUUGAUGAUUAUCCUCCGCCGUGUUGUCUAUGGACAUGUAAUACCACAACCCUUGUCGAACAUAUCAAUGUCUAAAAUUGUUUAAAAACGUUUUAUGAGCUGUUGUCCAAACUAGAGUUUCCGACUCUAGUUGUAAUUAAACCCAUAUAGCUAUAAUGUGGAAACCCCAGUCGAUAAUGUACACAUUUCUGAGCGCAUAAUAUCACAUUUUGCCUAUAAUGUUGCAAUGUAUAACAUUUUGGUUCACCCAUUACGUAAUGAAGCAUGCAUAAUCAUUUUCUCCUUACUUUAUGAAGCAAGCGUAAUCAUUUUUUCCACACAUGGCCACAUGUUUUUUAUCCCGACAAAAGCCUUGUAAGGAAAGUUCCUCUGCGUCUCUCUCGUAGAUCGCACCAUCUUUCAAGGUCUUUGGUUAAUGCGACUGCAUAACCAUCUCUCAAAUGAUCAGCACCCCCAACCGUAGAGCCGACCAUCAUGCCUUGUGAUGGUCCUGGUAAUGUAAGCGGGAAAGCGCGCAGCGUCCAGGCACGCAUCGAAGCACAUUUUCCUGCAGCAGUCUACGCUCACUGCAGAAACCACACUCUCACUUGGCGAUUGUGCACUGUCAGGGAUGAUUGUAACUGUCUAGACACGGUCAAAUAAAUAAUGAACUUCAUCACAGGCUCACCAAAGCGCCUACAGUGCUUUAUGGCAAACAAUCGCAACAAAGAAAACUUUAAAUUCAAACAUCGCGCCGACCUGCAUAUCAAGACACAAGUGACAUGAUCUUAAAGAGUCAGUGUCCGUAUAACAAAAAAAAAACAUGUCAAUAACACAGUAUGGUGAAUAAUGUCUAUAGAGUCCACCACAAGACUACACUUUGUUGCUCGAACUUAAUAUUACUCUCCUACUUGAGCCUCCCGAAAUGUCUUGCGAUAUUGAUAUCCCCCUUCCCCCCUCCGGACUGUUUUAGUUGUUUUCAUUUCCUUAUGCUUUGUGUGCAUGCUAUGUGUGACGGUAGGCUACUGCUGUCUGUCUUGGUCAGGACACUGGAAGAGAUGUUUAAUCUCAAUGAUGAUUAAUAUUUUCAACUAACCAAUAGUAGUUGCCUUGCAUUUUAAAAUGUCAAUGCACUUUCUGCCCUGAAUAACAGUAAAAGCUAUUUCAUAAUUGAUUUGCAUGCAUAAUAUACUACCCUUUCCAUUGAACAAUUACCCCUGCUACCAUAAACUUUCGUCCGGAUAUUAUCCUGAUGGGCCGUAUGUGUGAACAACGUAUCAUUUGUACCUUGAAAAUCUCCUGAAUAAUACUACCCCUGAGGUAGCAUUUUCUCUGUAGGAAAUGCAAAUUACCUUAUACGUGAAUGAGGAGUAGAAACUAAGUCUGUAUUUCUCACACCACUUCAGUGGGCGUGUUGAUGACGCUUCUGCAUGUCAUUGAGUGGCCCCCUAAAUGAUAAUCAGUCUGUUGCCUUUUGUUCGCUGAAUGGUUUGAUGAAUCUGUCGAACCAUUCACCGUUCGAUGAAUUUGUGGUGAUCGGACAGUAUACGUUUUAAGAUGAAUGGCAAAAUGUUAUUAUAUUAUGCUCAGAAAUGUGUUACAUUAUUGACUGGGGUUGUCACAUUAUUGCUAUGGGUUUAUUUAUAACUAGAUGUUGAGCACACGUGUUGCUCACGCAAAAACUCUAGUAAUAUAUAAUAUCACGGCCAAAGCUGUGCGCGCCUCUGGAUGAUAUUAUGAAUAAACGACUGCGUUAGGUUCUCUGACGGUUCUGGUCCUUCCACAUCAAUCUGAAGUCGGGGUACAUCUGGACUUCAGACAGACAAAGCCAAUGUUUCUUCCCCCAAUUCCUUCUCCGACAUGACCAAGAAUCAAUAUACGGUCUUAUUUUACAAACCUGCACCCGCCCAUACCCGCAAAUAACAUUCCGCACCCGAAGGAAAACAUUAGAUUGAACGCCGGAGAAUUACACUAGCUGGUGUUUGGCGUGGUGCUUUAGAUUGCUGUUGAAAAAAAAAGCACAUCAUCCACUGAGGACGGUUUUAGUUGACAGAAUAACAUAUCCAUCACCGGAGAAGGCUCGUUUCAUCUAAAUUGUGUGAGUCACCCGUCGGGUACCCGAACCCGUGCAGGACUCUGGCCGAGAUAACCCCCACUGCGAGUCUUUACUUGUUGUGGAAGCACCAGAGACGUCUGAGUACCUGACGCAGUCUUUAAUUCAUUAUAAUCAUCUGGAGGCUCACACAGCUUUUGGCCGGGAUAUUAUAUUUAAUAUAUCAUAUAGAUACCUAUAUAAAUAUUAUAUUAUUUAGAUGUAGAGCUCCGCGAGUCCAAAACGGCAACACUUUCAAUACAGUUUCAUGUCUCCACCGGUGAAAUUGUCAUGUGCACUAUUUUUUUGUAAUGUUUUUGUAAAUGACACCUUACAUAGAACUCAUAAACUCUUAAGCUACCUGAUCUGUACUUCCCAUCGUCAAGUUCCUACGACAGGAACCAAGAAUCAAUCAUGUCGGGGCUAUUAAGAAUAUUGUGUGAAUAUAAUAUGUUCAUGUGUAACAUCCAGUAUAUAUGCGUCCAUGUCAAAGAAAAAUAAAUGAUGGCCAUAGGUUGUAAAAAAGUGCUUGAGAACCGAGGGGGCGGGGCCGGAUUCAGAAUGAAAUUUAGCUAAUUGUUCCACGUUUGUGAAAUAUUAAAUACAUAUUUUGCUAAUUUUUUAAUCAGAGUAGGCCUAUAGCCUACCCCCAUUAUAUUCCCUCAAAACAACAAAAGAGCAAUGAAAAGCCCCACGAGCAGUUCAAAACUAUACGUUGAUAUAUACUUAUCUAAAAACGUUGAUAUUGAAUGUAAAUAUAUGCUGACAUGUUUAUACAGUUAGACUAGAUGUAUGAAUAAGGUUAUAAGCUGUAUUGUAUAUACAGGUAAACUAGCUGUUUCUAUAAGGUUAUCACCUUAUACAUACAUCUAGUCUAACUGUAUAUACAAUACAGUCUUGAAAUGUAUUGGGAUCAAAUAAGUGGAAGUGCCGUUUUCGCACUAGUCUUUUUCUUUUUCAUAUAAUUGCUUGUUAUAGCAAUAUAUUUUAUUCACCAUUGAUCAUCCACUUCUGAAAUUGUAUUUAUGAUUGAAAUUCAUAGAUACAAUUAACUUUUUACUUACUCUGCUCCUACAUUGUUUUAUCAGACUAAACGCAUUUAUCUUUUGAGCUGCUUCCUCCAUCUUGUCUCCAAUCUCAGAGUUUGAAUAUCAGCGACUUCAACAUACGAAAAAAAAAAAGACAGGAAUCUCAAGUCUGUAUGGAGGACAACGUGUUAUUGUAAUUCAGAUUACAACGAGUCAAGUCAGGUCAAUCUUUAUUUCUUAAGCGCAUUUACAGACGGCUGAGCCGCACCAAAGUGCUUAAACGCAGGAAAUGGACUGAGGCAAAAAGAAAAACAAGUAAAGGGUUAAAAGACAAUGACUGUAGGAGUUAAAAUAUUGCACCUUUCUGGAAUAAACCGGAAAGAUAACUACCGUCAAGGGAGUUGAUCUGUAGCUGGCCCUAGAGUGAAAUAGAUGACGGGCCUUGCAAGUGACUAUAGGCCAUAAUAGCUUCUGUAAUGUGUGUUUCCGUAGUAUACAGAAAUAUUUUGCUAGGAGUCCUAUGUGUGAUUGCUCAUUCGGGAUUGUAUUGGUAAGAGUAGGUUAUACCUAAUUUAGUAUGAUUUUAGGCAGAACUUUGAAUCA